GCGGAGAUAAGAAAACGGAAGAAAGGGAGGAAAGUAGUAGGCAGAGGGAAGGGGAAGGGGAAGGGGAGAGGGAAGAGAGGAGGAGGAGGCCGGUCUCGUAGAGGGGCAUCGUCCACGGAUUUUCCGGUGAUCGGGGAUAAUAUCGUCGAACUUUGGGGGGCUGCGAAGGUCGCUGAUGUCCGCUACGAGCCCUGCCCCUACCCCUGCCGCCAGCUCACCGCCACCUACGGACGAACAACAACAACAACGGAGGAGGAGGAGAAGGAGGAGGAGGAGGAGGAGCAGCAGCAGCAGCAGCAGCAGCGGUGAAGGAAGAGGAUCGGACGCCGCCGCGCCGCGAGCGACGCCGAGGAAAGUCGCGUCACUACACCUUGCCUUAUCCUUUGAUCCGGGAAGAAAGAAUAUCUUUUACCAGCCUCGCCGACCACCACCACCAAACGUUCUCUCCAUCCAUACUUCGCUAUUACUGCUGCUGUAUCACCGAUCAGCUCGACCACCCCUCUGAAUGUCUUCGCACAUCCAAAAGUCGUGCGUGGGGCUUGAAGCGACACUGAGUGACAGCAAAAAGAAGUACGGCGACAAGGUGAAUGCACUUCUGUCCGCCUGGGAGCAUGUCACCAAUUUCAUUCCCGGGGCAACGCCAGAGGCCACCCAGUCUCUCAUAGAAUGGGCUCACAAGCACACGUUGAAAUUGGUACUGCGCGGGGAGUGGCCCAAGUUGUCACCCGCGACGAAGACCCACCUCAGUGUAACGUUGCAGAGGUGCGCGUCCCACCUGGUGCAACACCCCGCUGCACCCUGGUGCACUGCCCUGAUAGCUCUGGUGCACAAUCCAUGGACUCAUCCAGCUCUCGACAGCAUACUUAACGGGCAACCGGAUUCCGAACAUGAGGAGGAAUUCUGCUGUUCGGAGAAAGGUGAACUGCUUACAAUGAGGUUGAAAAUACUUUGCGAGGACCGCUGCGAGGACAUAGCGGUGAACCUCGCCGCCGCCUGCGUACGCUCCCUCCGGCGAAGCGAUCGGUUGCGCUCCCUGUCCGACUCGCAUCACGUUCAUUACAUGAUCGACGUUUACAUUGUCCUCUUGUAUAAAUUGAAACGCACGCAGGAUAUAUUCGCUCAAUUAAAAUUAAUGGAUCUCAGCGACGGAUUGGAAUUGGUCCAACGGUUAAGCGGCGAAAGACCGACCAAGUACGGAACCGCGCGUGUGUGGAGGAAUUCUAUAAAGGCUGCCGAAUUGGUCGCCCAGUAUCUGGUCACAGCCGGCAUGGUGAGGCCCGUGCCCGAGACGGGCGCCAACAUUUUGGAACAGAUUCUAAACUCUUGGGCAUUAUUGCACUCGAAAUUGAAGGACGUGGAGCCCACGUUACCCGGGAUGAUAAGGAAAUUGAUCGAGCCUGCGGAGAGCGCUCAACACAUCUAUAUAUUUUGCGCGGUGCUCGUUAAACACUUCGGCGACAGCGUAAAGACCCUGGUGAUCGAGUUGUACAUAAGGGCGUUGACCACGGACAUGAACGAAUUGGAGAGUCAGAAGGCCAAGUCCGACACGGAAAAGGUGCGCGAGACGGCGAAACGUUUGAGCACGCAAUUCCUCAAACUGGCCGACGUGGUCGGGAGCAAUAUAGGCAUAGCUCGGGAAUGCGUGCUGACCGCGUUCUCACUUCACCCGACCAGGGCUUGUUACGAUAGGAUAAAAGAGAUGGCAGUAGCGUGCGGGAAAACGAGAGCGGACGGGACGCAGAGCGAUAGCGGCGUGGUGGUCGUUAACGAGAGAACGUUCAAACACGCCCUGGUGGAGGGGAAUCAUUCCGGCGCGGGACCCGUGGUGAUGGUGAAAAGGAUGAUCGAUAGUAGCGGGGAGAGGAAGGAAGGCGAAACGAAGCAGCCGAGGGAGUCACCGCCCCCCACCCUGUGCAACUCCGCCUCGUUGUUUUCGGUGUCGCCGCCGGCCGCAGCAACGAUGAAGAAAAGUAGCAUCGACUUUCAGAACGGGCAAGUGAGCAAGAGCUUCGAGAGGACGGAUCAGUUGUUGAAGAGCCUCCUCACGGGGAAAAGGGGGGUCGAGACGGCGGCGGCGGCGGCGAUGAUCUCGGGGAGCGACAGGUGCCCGUUGCACCCGAGGAGGGACCCGUUGUCGAACGGCCCGCUCGGCGAGCUGUGCUUCAAUUGCGGCGAGUUCACGGGCAACGAUAUAUCCUCGAGGAGCAAAACGCCCGAGGCGAGCUGCCCGGCAAGCCCCGGGGCGAGGAACGUGGAGAGAACGCUGGACGCCUUGAUACUGAUCAAGGGCGACGCGGUGACAGGUUCCGCAAACUACGACGAGAAAUCCGUGCCUAAUCAGGUGUUGGACGCGGAGAAGCUCGGGCUCUCCCCCCAACUGUGCGACGAUUUGGCGGUCGUGUUGAGCAGCCCCCGUUACCACAUGCUCAGCUGGGUGCUGGAUUGGAAAGAGUUGAACAGCCUUUGCGAGAGAUACUUGGAGAACGCCGAGGAGAUGAGGAACACGAACAAAGAGUUGAAAUACCUGAACAUCGAUUACUCCCAGUUCAAGGAUUGGCCCUCGGAGGACGACACCAAGGAUAUAUUUUUCGGGAUCGAGAAGGGUUACGAGCAGUGGGUCGAUCUGCCGUCGGACAACUCGGAACAGUUCGGCAGCUUUCAACCGGCGGGUAAUUACAAGAGGUCCUCGACGAGGAGGAGCCUCGACGACACAACCACCACGGACUCGGACAGCGGCAGCGUGCUUCGGAUAAGGAGGACGGGAAGGCAGAGAAAGAUCCACAGAUUGGAAUCGUCGGAGAGCGAUUACGACAGCACCGAGCGCAAGCCGAAACACUUUAGGAACAGGGUCAGCUCGAUGUCCGAUUCCGACAGCAACACGCAAGACAGUCAAACGGACAGUCUGGGGAGCGACGGAUGCCGAUUGGACGUGAAGAAGAAGGCGGGCGGGAACAAGACGUCGCCGGGCGGGAAGGAGGCGGGGAAGAAGCUACGCGCCAAGGGGUCCAAGCUGACCGUCGACUCGGUAUCGCAUUUCCAUAUGCUGGUCAACGAAAACGUGCGGCACGCGAGCACGAACGAGGACGCGAGCGGUUCGGACGUGAGUAGCAACGAUAUCAUCACCCUGUUCUCGGCCGAUAUGGACGAGAACAAGCGGGAGACGAUAAAGGGCUCGGCGUACACGGCGGCCGCCCCUUUGAUCAUCACCGAGAGGAGGAGCGACCCGGCCGUGCUGAAAUCGUUGAGGAUGUUCAGGCCGCAGAACUCGAAGAAACCCACGAGGAUCUCCCAGAUACUGCAAAAGAAUCUUUUGAACAAGAGCAAAGACAAUAAUAAUUUAGAGAAUAGCGCGGCGAACAACGUGACGAAAUUCGCACCCAUGCUGAGCACGUUGAACUUGAACCCGAAGAUCGUGUUGACUAGGGCGGACGAGAUCGACAGGAAGUUGAUCCGGGCCAAGAAACAGCAGCGGCUCAGCAGCGGGGAUAUAACCAGUGAGCUGAUCAAUAUACAGAAAAACAUGCCGUUCUCGCCCAACAAGAACACCUUGUCCACGUAUCACCAUCAGAAGCAAAAGGGGAACGGGGCGGCGAUUAUCGGCAAAACGGAUUUGACGCCCGCCGACGGCCGGGAUCUCAACUCGAAGUCAAAUUUGGGUAAACGAAAGUUCGACAUUCUGGCCAAGGCUGUCAGGGACUCGGACAUAUUGGCGAAGAACGUGCCAGGUCUGAACACGUUGGACAUGAUGGUGCCGCCGAGAAUGCGGCCCACGGUGAACGUCGUCCAACUUUCCAGAAACAUUCCGCAGAGCCCGAACUCGGGCUCGGUGAACAGCGGCAACACACCUCCCAGACCGAACAGAACGCCGAGCGUGGCAGGCAAUAUUCAGUUACCCGGCACCCCCUCCUCGGGGGGCCACGACAGUGGCGUAGGCAUGAGUCCCGCCGGUCAAACGCCUCCGCCGAGAUCCUCCGUUCUUCCCGACGUAGGCGAAGAGACGAAUCAACCGCCCGACAACUCGCCCACCUCUUCCACGACCACCAACGUUUCCGGCCAACUCGAGUCGGACUCGAGCCCCCGAACGAUGCCGAUCCAACGGCGAAACCAGCAGAGUCAAUCGCCCAAGAAAUCCCCGUCCCCGUGUUCCGCCGUUGUCGCGACGACGACCGCCGUCACCACCACAACGAGCUCGGGGAUCUCCUCGACGAACAUCGCGUCCGAACAGUUGCAGAUCGUUUGCAAACCGGACGGUACGUAUCAAUUGGCCUCCGUGAAUCCGAACGUGGUGUCGAAUCAGAGGAACGUUCUCAAUCUGCAAAAUAUCGAGGACGGAGGAGGCGGUGGCGGAGGAGGAGGAGGAGGAGGAUCCAACUUUUCACGGCAAAAUCAGAGAGGCGAGAACGGCGGGAAUGGCAGGAACACGUACGAGAGAUUGACGAAAGGGGGCGCGCAAAAUUCCGGGCAGAACGCAGGCUUGCCGAAAUUUCAACAGGCCUUCGGUAAAACUAUAUACACGCUUUCCACAGACUCGUCGAGCGCGAGCGGCGUGUCGACAGGUGGCGCCGCCUCGGCGGAAACUCUGGUACAAUCGGUCUCUCCCCAAAAGGCGAGUAACCUCUCGAAAGCUGUUCAAACGUCGGUGCCCAACGCGCAACAGGCGAGCCCGUCUACGGGGAUAAACGUGCAAUCCAUCGCGAACAUUCCAAACACGUUACAAUUAUCGACCACGAGUAGACAGAUAUUGAAUAUCGUUCAAAGCUCCGGGAAUAACGCGAACGUGGUGGCAACCAGCCCGAACGCGAGUCAAACGUUGACGCAGUUGGUGCAAAGUGUUCAGAACGCCUCCCCCGGUGUCAUAUACACGCACAAAAUCCCUGUCACCAUAUCGACCACGAAUCCAAGCCAGUUGAACAUCAUACCUACGAUAUCGCACGCGAAUUCGAUACCGACCGGAAGGACACCUGUGGUCAAAUUGAACAUCAUCCGAGCUCCUUUGAGGCAACAAAAUAUCACGGGAGCUAUACAAGCCGUACUCACCACACCAAGAUUGCAACAACAACAGCAGCAACAGCAACAGCAGCAGCAGCAACAACAGCAACAGUCCACGGUUCGAACGGACAGUUUGCUCGGUUCCCCCAUAGAGGUGCCGAAUCAAGUGAGUUCGACCACUUUGGAACAAUUGAGGGAGUUCGAGAGCGUGUUGGAACAGGUGAAGGAGAGGAGCACGAUUCAACCUCAGUCCCAUCAAACGAUAUCCACCUCGCCCACCACCACCGUGCAAACGCAAACGACCACCCAACAACAGCAACAACAGCAGCAGCAGCAACAACAGCAGCAACAAACUCAAGCCGGAAAACAGCAAGUGUCCGUGAGCGCGCUAGCUCAACAACUGUUGAUGCCAACCCAGCAAACCGGAGGGACGACGGGAAACGAGUUCGCGAGCAACGGUAACGCGACGGUGAAUUUCCAACAAGACGUUUUCUCUCAAAAAGUGUCGCUCGCGUACGUGAAUCAGAACGCGGGUUCCGCGGUUUCGAAGACGCCUAACUCGACACCGGUCGUUGUUGUGACGAGUUACUGUCAACCUGCCGCCUCCCCCGCGUUGAGCGUCACCUCCCAAAGCUCCUCGAGCCCGUGCGUGACACCCGCCCCGGCCCCUAUACCUCCGGCCGGCAAAACACCGCCCACCCCUCCCUCCUCGAAAACGGUGAAGAAGGCGGCGCCGAAAACGGUUAAAACGAGCGCGACGAACACCUCGAAAUCGUCCCCGAUACCGAAACCUCAACAGAAACCGCAGGAGGACGAGCAAACGGCGCAAAGGAUUUACGCGAUCUUGGACGAGUACGCGGAGCAAUUGCGCAACUCGCCCGAUCUGAACAACAAACCCGCGCCAAGGAGGAGGUCGAACCCGCCCACGAAUCCCAGCCAAUCGUCGAAAAGGAAGAAGUCGAGCGCGAGCAAGGCGAAGUCGGUGGGCGGGCAACAGAAUUCGGAGCUGAGCCCGAGCACGGACGAUCUCGGCAGGACUAUGGGCAGCGAGGAUUCGUCGAGCGGGGUGGUGCACGUGCAGGACAGCCCUGCCGGUUUCCCCGCCCCCGUCGAGGAGCCCUCCCCCAGCGUCGGGAGCGCGGCAGAGGCGGUCGGCGCCGCGGCAGAGGUGCGAAAUCUUGCCAACGACUCGAACGACGGUGUCGAGGUGAGCGUGAAGAGGCGAAAUCUGAUAUUCGCCGAGCCUGGGCCCGGCCAGCCGAGGGCGGUGAUCGUGCAGGAGGCGGUGCAGACGGGUUCCGUGUCGGUUAGCGAGGCCCUCGCCUCGGUGACGGGCAAGAUGGGUAGCACGGCCGUCCUCGUCCCUGGCCCCAACUACAUCCUUCCCAUGAACCUCGUCAAAGGGGGGCAACAGUUCACGAUAGUGUCGAGCGGAUCCAAACUGCUCGCCACCGUCCCGGCGACGGUACGCGCGACCGGGAACGCGGCCGUUUCCAACACCUUGGUCCUCCAGUCGUUCCUCAACCAGGCGGGCAAGAUAAUCUCGCAGCCGGCCCAGGUGAAACAGGUGAAGAUACCCACGUUGCAGACGUUGUCCGGGAGUCAGGCGUCGUUGGCCGGCGCGCAGAACGUUCAAGGUGCGUCGGUGGUGAUACCGCAGGGCGCGGGGGGGAAUCAUCACGGCCAGUUCACGGGGGAAGGGGUGGUGGGGGAGAAGGCGGGCAACGUGAUAGCCGGGGAACUGGCCGCGGCGAAAUCCGACGCGGUGGAGUCCGGAGGUGGGGGGAACGCGAUCGUCGUCAACAAGGGGAACUCUGCGAUCGGGCUGAUUCAGCGUAACCUGAGCGAGGGCGGGGAGGGGGGCCAGCCGAUCUGCGGGGUGAUCACCAGCAAUCCAAAUUUGACGCUUCAAGGGGCGAGAUUGUUCAACUCGUCCAUACACAAACUGGCAAGCCCUGGAUUGAAGUCGGAGAACGUGGUGUGCAUCACGCCGACGGCGACGAUCGCGCAGCACAGCCCGGAGAAGAGCAACCAAUCUCCCCAAGAGGGGAGCCAAAUUCACAACGACAAACACGUGUCCAUUCAAACCGGCGCGACGAUCGCCCUCGCAUUCGCCACGCAAUCCGACGUCUCCUUGUUGAACGACGCCGCUCAACAGCAACAGCAACAACAGCAACACCACCACCACCAUCACCACCAUCAUCAUCAUCAGCAACAGCAAAAGGAUCCGAAGGACACGUCCACCGAGAUUAUCCCCGGUGCCAAGAUCAUCUCGCCGAAGACUGUGAAGAGAAAAAUCGACGACGCGAUGGAUUCCAUGUCGACGAUAACGGUUGGAAGCAAGCAGAGCGGUGGGAUCGAUGGGACGACGCAGUUUCUGGUGACGGGCGGGCCGAGCAGUUCCGACAGCCAAGAGUCCUCCGUGCAACAGUCGAGCGAGGGUAUCGAGGUCUCGUGCAAGGUUGGCAACGGUUUGUUGUAUGGGAACGCCAGAUUGCAAGAGGCUUGGGAGCCAGAGGGGAAGGUGUCGCCCGACACUCCCUGGCGAUACGUGCCCACGUCCACGAAUUCUCUGAGCAUAGACCCGUUGAACUCGAGAUACUCGGACAACACGGAGAACGUGCAGAGCGUGUUGCAGAUCAUAAACAAGGGGCAGGGGAUCGAGAUGUCCGGCGGCCAGAUAUACCAGACGAACGCGAAGAAAUACUUCAUGAAUCACACCUUGGAACCGUUCCAACAAUACGCGAACAAGAGCAACGUGAUGAAAACCCCAUUGAAUCCGAGAUUGGACAGGGAGUUGUUGCAACAGAAGAUGGAGAGGAAGGCUGCGGCCAUGGAACGCGAGAUGAAGUUGCAGAAGAGUUUGUCGGAGGAGUGCGAGGAUCUCGGCGUGGACGAGCCGAGCACGAGCGACCUCUUCCCGGAGGCGGAUCUUCUCUUCGACACGAAUCAUUCCCCCUCCUUCGACCACUCGUCCCAAGACGCGUCGUGCAGCCAACCGUUGGGCAUGAAAUCGUACAGUGGCUCCUACUUUCGCUCCCUCGAUUCGUCGAGCGGGAGCAGGGACGCCAGCCCUAUCGCCGAUUUCAAAGUUAACGAGCGUAGGAAGAGUGGGGGGCAGAGGGGCAGGUCUGCGAAAGACUCGGCGAAACGGUCGAGGAGGGAGAAGGGGAGUGGGGGGGCAGAGGAGUUGCACCUCGAGAAUCCCGCCAAACACAUGCGAUUAACGUUGGACAAUUUGAGCCAGGACGAGGCGUCGAACAGUAAUUCCGAUAUAUCGAGAUUAUCACCAACGAAUCUUGCCUCGUUGGAGAACGACACGCUUAAGGAUCGAGGGAAGAUCGCGUCCAGGAACGGUUCGAAGGAGGGCUCGCCCAGCAGCGUGUCUAGCAUACCUUCGAACAUGAAGUUGGACAUCGAUCUGGACUCGGAAUCGUUGCCGCCUAGCAUCAAUGUAAACAACACGUCGGCAGCCAGCUCGGGGGACGAGAGUUUAACCUUGCUAAGUAGCAACACUGCUGACGUCACCAUACCCUCCCCCCUCUCCCCGAUAGCCGGGCCGAUGUUGUCGACGCACAAGUACACGUACACAAACAAGAAGCGGAUCGCGUCGAAGGUGACCCGUAUGGAUUACCUAUCUUGGGAGAGCCCGAUGUCCGAGAGGACUAGGUCGAGCAGCGACGAGGAGGAUAAUUCGAGUAUAAGCGAAUCGAUCGGCAGCCAACCGGAAGAGAACGCUCUUAGCAACGGGCUCGAGGACAGUGUGCAAAGUCUCAAAUCAUUGUCGAACGAGCGGCGUUGCAAUUAUCUGAAAAAGAAAGACAAGCUGCAGGUGAAUGCAAGGGUGGUAUUGAAUCGGGCAGAUCACAAGGGUAGUCUGUCGAAACGAAUUAAGGUAUCGAGCGAGUCGAUCCAAGAUUCGGUUAUGGUUUCCAGUGAUAAGGCAUCGGAGCCCUCCGACGACGAAACGGGGAAUAUCGCAUUGGUCGAGCCGGACUGUCGGGCUAGGCGUUCGAGUUUGCGCGGCCACGUUAAGAAGGGAUGCGCCUGUUGUAACGGAUCCCCCGAGAGACCUAAAAAGAAGUCGGUCAAAUCCGAUCAUCCGAGGUUAAAGAAACGAUUGUCGUCGAAACAGGCCGGCAAGAAAAGGUAGUCCUAGCGUUCGAACGCUCGACGGAGCAUCGCGUGUUCGAUGAUGAUGAUGAUGAUGAUAAUAAUAAUAAUAAUUAUAAUUAUAAUAAUAAUAAUAAUGCUGUAUGCUUUUAUCCCAUCGUGGACGCAGUUGUUUGUCCAGUGACGAAGGAGCUUCCAAAAACGUGUAUCCGGGCGUGUCCUUGCAAACUAUUGCCACUAUUACACAGAGAGAACUAUUACACAGAGAGAAACUUAGCAGUCGAAUAGAAUCCGAUUAAUAGAUUUCGCAAAUUCGAAAUCGGUGACAAACAUGCGAAUCUGCGCGCGCGUGUGUGUAUAUAUAUAUUAUGUGUAUAUGUAUAUAUAAUAUAUAUGAAUGUAUAUAAAAUAUAUAUUAUAUAUAUAUAUAUAUAUAUAUAUUAGUCGAUAUAUGUAUGAGGUUUAUUGAAACAAACUUUUAAUAUACCGGUAAUUCGGAAAUGACUAUCCUCUUGUAUUUAGGCGAGAUGUUUAAGUUAAACGCGUGAGCAAGUGUUUCUUCGUUCGAGCGAGUGUGAAGCUUGCUCGAUCGAUCGGAGAAAGAGAGGGGGGAAGAGAAAGAGAGAGAGCGAAGGAAGGAUUGUCGUAACGAAACGACAACACUGUAGGUCAUCCUCUUACCAACUAGAUGUUAUUAUAUAAUACUAGACAUGUAAGAUGAAAAUUAUAAUGAAUGGCAGACUUUAGGUUAAAUCGUUAAGGAUAAUUAGAGAGACGCAAUCUAGUCAAAAAGAAGAUGAGGUUAGGAAGAAUAUAAAACGGCGAGGAAUAGGCGUGUUUUUCGAAAGGGAAGAAGAGAGUGAGCGCGUGGUAAGAGGGAGGGAGAGAGAGAGAAGGAAGAAAGAGAUAGAAAUAGAGAACUGUAUCCGACUGUCGAUAGAUAGAUCCCUCGCAGACUAAAGAAUUUAUAAUUAAAAAGCCUGAAUUCAUUAUUUCUGUCUACUGUAUCUGUUAUGAUGAUACUAUUACUACGUUCUUUUACAUGGUAUGGUCAGACUGAAUAGGGAAAUUAUAACGGAUCUCGUUCGGCGAAUUAACGUAGCGAGACGAUGCUGAUUGAAUUCUUUGCCUUUUGCGUAAAGUUCUCGAUAAAACUUAUAGCGAAUCUUAACCUCUAAAAUCAAGAUAGUCCUUGUAAAUUAUAAACGUAUGUCGUAAAUAUAUCUUAUGAUUACAGAGAGAGAGAGAGAGUGUGUGUGUGUGAGAGAGAGAGAUAAUUGAACGGAUUAUAAUGGCAAGAAAAAAAAUAAAAUAUAAGCGAAGAGAAUAUUUGAAAAGGAAGGAAGAAAAAAAGGAAGAUAUCGAAGAAAAGGACGUAUAAGAUGAGAACAAAAGGAUAUAUAUAUAUAUAUGAAAUUAAGAGCAAGAGUUGUGUAACGAGCCGACCAUACCUUGUUGUCACGGUGCAUGUAAAAAAAGAAAAAAGGAAAAAAAAAAAGGUAUCCAAAAAGGAAAAAAAAAAAACUGUACAUUACGUAGAUAAUUCAUUAAAAAGUAUAUAUAUAUAUAUAAAAUAGUAUUAUAUCGCUGCACUUUAGUACAAAAUCGCUUCACCUUGUUUCAGAAAUGAAUAAACAAGUUUAUAUCAUCUUUCGGUGUGCUGUCGUGACGCGUGAAUGCCUGCAAUUUAUUACAAAACGAAAAAAAAUGAAACGAAACGAAAAGAGGAAGAAAUUCUUGUGUAAAGGUUGUAUAAUUAAUUAAUUAAGCCAUGAAAACACUUAUAAUAUAUAAAUUUCCGUACCGCCGUUUCUUUCUCACUUUCAUAUCACCCCUUUGGGGUGAUCGCGGAAAUUUUCCACGAUAAAGAGUUGGAAAAAUCGAAUUAAAUCGAAGCGUUUAAUGUGUUACCUCUGGCGCAGAAGAAGAAAAAAAGAAAGAAAGAAAGAAAGAACUAAGAAGG